ACAGUAAAUGUAUUCAAGUUAAGAUAUGAACAUGAAUGUGAUAUUUCGUUUUCUUUUUCUGUUAUCGUCCUAGCUCUUACGGUGUCUUUCAAAAUAAAACAACUGAAAAGGCAUCAGUCAGAGAGCACUUCUUUAAUAAUGCCAGGGAUGCUACAGUAAGAGCUUCACCCCAUCAGUCCCACCAUGCUCCUGACAUCCAUGAUCACUGAAGAGGGACUCCAUCUGAUGGUCUAAGGCUGUGACACUCGCAAAAUGGAAGCAUCUGAAACAGCACCUUUGGAUAGCAGAGACUCAGACCAAGCAACGGAUGCCUGUCAGGCCAGCGAAGAGGAGAAACUUCGCCGCUCUGGUCGCACACGGAUUCCAACGGAGAGGAUGCUUGCAUUUCAGAAGGAGGAGGCUCAAAAAAGGGAGAAAAGGCUUAUUCAUCUUUAUGAGCAAUGGAAGACCCAGGCACGCAAGGCUAGAGAGCAACUGAAGUCGGACAUUCCCGAGAGCCAAAUUGCUGCUCUUAUUGACACUCUUGAGAAAGGUAGGGAUGAUGUUACUAGUCUCUAUACAGACAUUAGAAGCCAUCUGGCUCCAUCUGGUGAGACGAGACGGCGUGUUGAUGCCUGUGAUGCAGUGACAAAGGACAUUGUUAAAAUUGCUUAUGAAAGAAUAGCAGGCAUAGAAGAUUAUGAUAGUGAAGCAGUAAAACUACGUCUUUGUGAACUGCUUAAAAGAGAUUAUGCUCGCUCUGUUUAUGGAUCUACAGUCUCACCUUCAAGCCAUCACUCUGGUAGCAGUCCCAGCUUAUACUCUGUGAACUCCUUUGUAGCAGCUAAAAGGGCAGAUGCAGCAGCAGAAUUAGCAGCAAAAGAAGCAGAAUAUGAAAUGUUACUGGAGGAAGUGAAGCAAAAAGAAAAGAUUCAACUUCUUGAAGAGCAGCAGAAAAAAGAUCUCGAAGCUCAGAAACGUGAACUAGAAAGACUAAAGGCAGAAAAGGACAUCAGAGCUGCACGAGCAAGACUGGGAGUCUACAAUCAAGAAGUAAUGCAGGAAGAUAGUGUUCACUCUUCUGUACAUGACACUACAGAGCAGCAGCAUGUGAUUCCACAGCAUCCUGUGUCUUCAGCUCCCAUCCAGCAUCCUCCUAAUGUUCCAAAUGCAGCAUCUCCUCCACAUACAGAUGUCUCCUAUCUUGCUCAAGCAGUUCAAGAUAGUAUAGCCAUGAACAGGCUCCCAAUGCCAGAACCAUCUGUAUUCACCGGUGAUCCUAUCCAGUUUAUUGAGUGGAGGGCUUCAUUCACAUCUCUCAUAGACAGAAAGAACAUCUCGUCAGCAGACAAACUGCAUUAUUUGAGAAGGUAUGUAGGAGGUCCAGCACGAAAGACACUUGAUGGCAUCUUCUACAGAACUGAUGACGCAGCCUAUAAGGAUGCAUGGAACCGUCUUAACCACAGGUAUGGUCAGCCCUUUAUCAUACAGAGAGCAUUCAGAGAAAAAUUAGCAAACUGGCCAAAAAUCCAGAGUAAGGAUGCAGAGGGAUUCAGAACAUUUGCAGAUUUUCUACAUGCAUGUCAGGGAGCCAUGCCACAUGUUAAGAGCCUUGAGAUUUUGAACGACUGUGAGGAAAAUCAAAGACUGGUUCAAAAAUUACCUGACUGGGCUGCAUCACGGUGGAACCGUGAAGUUACUUAUAUUAUGAAGGAAAGACAGGAAUUUCCAAGCUUUCAGGAUUUUGUUACCUUCAUGUUAAUGGAAGCAGAAGUCGCUUGUAAUCCCAUAACCUCCUUUCAUGCCCUUCGCUCGUCAGAGUCACCUACAGACAAACGUUUCCUCAAAGAAAGGAAGACUAAAUCUUCUAUUGUCCAUACACAGACAGUUUCAGAGACUGACAACCUAGUACAGCCUAGGACAGUUUUUAAGGCACCGUGCAUGCUGUGUCAAGACAGUAAGCAUCGCCUGCACAGUUGUCCUGAGUUCAAAGAAAAGUCCCUAAACAAACGACGAACAUAUGUGAAGGAAAAGAAACUGUGCUAUGGUUGCUUGAAGCCAGGGCAUAGUGCAAAGGAAUGUCGUCACAGACACUCAUGUGACACAUGCAAGGGAAGACAUCCGACCUGUCUCCAUGACAACAGCCUGUCUAAAGUCAAACCAGUGUUGAUCUCAAAUCAGAGCAUCACAAAUGAAAAAGCAGCAACUACAUUGUCCCUCAGUGUGGAGACUAAGGAGCCAUCUUCAAACACCUCCAUGAUUGUGCCAGUAUGGGUUUCCUCUGCCAGCAAUCCAGGUAUUGAAAAGCUUGUUUAUGCUCUACUUGACACUCAGAGAGAUACGGUCUUUAUUGACCAAGAAGUUAGCCAUAGCCUACAAGCCAAGGCACAUCCUGUACGGCUGAAGCUAACUACAAUGAUCGGAAAGGAUGAAUUAAUGGACAGUGAAAAGGUCUCAGGUCUUAGGGUGCGUGGCUACAACUCUGCAACCCUCAUUGAUCUUCCCCAUGUCUACACUAAAGAUUGCAUCCCAGUGAAUCGAACACACAUUCCUACCUGUGAAACAGCAAGGCAGUGGAAUCAUCUCAUCACCAUUGCAGAUGAAAUCCCACCACAGCUGGAGUGUGAUGUUGGUCUCCUAAUAGGAUACAACUGCUCAAGGGCACUGGCUCCACGGCAAGUGAUUUUGGGAGGAGAAAAUGAGCCUUAUGCAGUUCGCACAGAUUUAGGUUGGAGUGUUGUAGGUUGUUCAUCCCCUCAUCUUGACUCAUCAUGCUCCACCAAUGUUUGCCACAGAAUAGCUGUCAGAGAGCUUCCUCCAGUGACUCCAUCCGACGCUAUAAAGGUUCUUGAGUCUGACUUUCAGGACGCCAGUAAGGAUGGAAGGAAGACUGUGUCUCAGGAUGACAUCCUCUUCCUGGAGAUACUAAAGGACAGUAUUCAGAAGAACACUUCUGGACAUUAUGAGAUGCCACUCCCAUUUAAAGAGAGACCUCAUCUCCCUGAUAACAAGCAACUGGCCGUUGUUCGGCUUAAUCAUCUUAAGAGAAAGCUGCUGAAGAAUGAAACCUACAAGGAGCAUUACAUGAAGUUCAUGAGUGAGGUGAUUGGAAAAGGUGAUGCAGAAGAAGUUCAUCAUGAAGGGAAAGAAGGAGAAAGGUGGUAUAUUAUUCCCCAUCACGGGGUUUAUCACUCAAAAAAGCCAGACAAACUCCGUGUUGUUUUUGAUUGUUCUGCCAAGCACAGGGGAGUCAGUCUGAAUAACCAUCUAUUGUCAGGCCCAGAUAUGAUAAAUAACUUAGCUGGUGUUCUCAUCAGAUUCAGGCUGCACGAUAUUGCGUUGAUGUGUGACAUCGAAAAGAUGUUUCAUCAGUUCCAUGUGAGUGAAACUGACAGAGACUAUUUACGUUUCCUCUGGUGGAAAGACGGAGAACUUUGUGCAGAGCCGCAGGAAUUCCGCAUGAGGGUUCAUCUCUUUGGUGCCACAUCAUCACCUGGUUGCGCCAACUACGGUUUAAAGCAUCUCGCCAAGGAGAAUCAGAAACAGUUUCCACUGGCUGCAGAGUUUGUUCUGAGAGAUUUUUAUGUUGAUGAUGGUGUCACAAGUGUGCCAAGUGUGGAUGUUGCUAUUCAGCUUGCAAAAGAAGCUCAGGAACUCUGCAAAAUGGGAGGACUGAGAUUACAUAAGUUCGUGUCCAACAGCAGGUCAGUUCUUCAGAGUAUAAACCCAUCUGAACGUGCCAUCGAAGUAAAGGCUCUCGAUCUUGCCUUUAAUGAUUCCACGCUGGAAAGAGCUUUAGGGAUCCAGUGGCACAUUGAGUCUGACACCUUCAGAUUUCAAAUCAGCCUGAAAGAUCAGCCAGCAACACGUCGAGGUGUAUUGUCCAUGGUGGCCUCCAUUUAUGACCCGCUAGGGUUUGUUGCUCCCUUCCUGCUCAAUGGGAAAAGGGUGCUACAGGAAAUGUGCAGGCAUGGCACUGGGUGGGAUGACCCUCUCCUCGGUGAUCUACGGUCAGCGUGGGAACGCUGGAAGAGUGAUCUUGUGAACUUGGAGAAAAUCAUCAUACCUCGCUGUUAUGUACCACCUGACUUUGGACACAUUGUGAAAAGAGAGCUCCAUCACUUCUCUGAUGCAAGCACAUAUGGUUAUGGCCAGUGUUCAUAUUUCAGAAAUGUAAAUGAAGAUGGCAUGGUUCACUGCGCCCUGGUCAUGGCAAAGUCCCGAGUAGCUCCUAUCAAGGUCAUUACAGUUCCCAGGCUCGAGUUAACAGCCGCUGUCGUCUCAGUCAUGACAAGCAACAUCCUGAAAGAGGAACUUGGUCUCAUUGACGCUGAUGAAUACUUUUGGACAGACUCCAAGGUGGUCUUGGGUUAUUUAAGCAAUGAGGCACGUCGCUUCCACACAUUCGUGUCAAAUAGGGUACAGAAGAUCCAUCUCAGCACAAAUCCUCAGCAGUGGAGAUAUGUCCCAACUGACAAAAACCCAGCAGAUCUGGCCUCUCGGGGUUCAAGUGCAAGCGAGCUUCUCACGUCCACUUGGUUUAAAGGACCUCAGUUCUUGUGGGAGAAGGAUUUGCCUCCAGCUGCAGAUGUUAUCACAGAAAUACCAGUUGGAGAUCCUGAAGUUAAAAAGGUUCAGACCCUACAUGUGCAGACCACAGAGAAAGUAAAUCUCACAGACCGUUUGUCAAAGUUUUCUUCAUGGUACAAGGCCACUCAAGCGGUCGCUCGUCUCCUCCGCUGUGUCAAGAGAGACAAGUCAACUGGUCACAGCACAGUUCAGGAGCAAGAAGAUGCACAGCGCAUUAUCAUAAAGGACUUACAAAGACUAGUGUAUGCAGAUGAGAUCAAGUUACUCAGCAAUGGCACUCAACUUCCACCUCAGAGUAAACUGCAUCGCUUGGAUGUCUUUCUUGAUCAGGACAGAAUCCUCAAGGUGGGAGGAAGACUGAAAAAUGCAUCUCUUCCCACAUCACAGAAACAUCCAGUGAUAAUUCCAAAGGAUCAUCAUGUCACUCGGAUGAUAAUAGCUCAUUAUCACGAACAGGUCAGACAUCAAGGAAAGGGUCUGACUAUUAAUGAAGUCAGAUCAAAUGGAUUCUGGAUCCUGGGAAUCAGCAGAACUGUUGCUGCUUAUAUACGCCAGUGUGUCACAUGUCGAAAACUCAGAAGAUCUACAGAGGAGCAGCGUAUGGCCGAUCUUCCAUUGGAGCGUGUAGAUCCAUCUCCACCAUUUACAUAUUGUGGUAUAGACUGCUUUGGUCCCUUUCACACCAAAGAAGGACGAAAGAUGCACAAGAGAUACGGCCUCCUUUUGACAUGCCUUUGCUGUCGAGCCGUCCACAUUGAAAUGUUGACCGACAUGUCAACAGAUGCCUUCAUUAACGGCCUUCGCAGUUUUAUUGCUAUAAGAGGAACUGUGCGUCAGAUACGGUGUGACCAGGGAAGUAAUUUUGUCGGCGCUAAAAACGAACUGAGUCAUGCUCUAAAGCAAGUGGAUGACAAGCGCUUGGCUGUCUUCUUGGCUAAAAACCAGUGUCAUUUCAUUAUGAACGCUCCCCAUUCAAGCCAUACUGGAGGUGUCUGGGAACGACAGAUCAGAACGGUCAGGAAUGUUCUUCGUGCCACUCUUUCUCUCUCAGCAGGCAGGCUGGACGACGCCUCUCUGCGUACAUUCUUCUACGAGGCGAUGGCUAUUGUGAACAAUCGUCCGCUCACAGUCGACAACCUGAGUGAUCCAGACAGUCCUGCACCUCUGACACCGAAUCACCUGUUAACUAUGAAGUCUGUGACAGCCCUACCUCCUCCUGGCAGAUUCAUCAGAGAGGACAUGUAUGCUCGCAAGAGGUGGCGUCAUGUUCAGUAUCUUACUGAGCAAUUCUGGAGUCGCUGGAAGAGAGAGUAUCUCUCUCAGAUUGCCACCCGACAACGCUGGCAUACUCCAAGAAGAAACUUGAAGGUCGGCGAUAUAGUCGUGGAGAAGGCAGAUGAUCUGCCACGUAAUGAGUGGAGACUCGCCAAAGUCGUUGAGACAGUGACUGAUACAGACGGACUAGUGAGAAGGGUGAAGAUUCGUCUUGGAGACCAGAAGAUUGGAAAGGAAGGACAGCGUUCUGAAAGGCCAUCCAUCGUUGAACGCCCAGUUCAAAAGCUGAUCGUCCUCCUAGAGACUGUUUAAAUCUCUUCUUCACGCAACAAUCGUAUCCUUUACACUAUAAAGAACCUAGUGUUUGGACAUUCUGAUAGACUAAUCUAUGUUUGAAUGACUUAUAGUACAGAAUAAGCACUUAAGAGGUCAUUAUUUAGUAAAUCAUUCGUGUUUGCAUUCCUUAUUGUUCUGAAAAUCACUCAUGAUUGGUGGGAGUGUAAAUGACCUAAAUUUUAUCUGUUCAUCUCGGUUUUUCUUAUUAUUUAAGUUCCUUCUGAUUAAGUUAAGUCGGGUGCUUUUAUUUUGGUAGUGUUGUACGGCAGGAUGGAGUAUGGCGUCUGACAACAAAAAGUGUAGAGUGUAGGUAAAAAACGGAAAGUUUAGGAAAUAGAAAACGGACAAACCAUUUAAAAAUUCAGCACCUGGCUAAAGGGGACAAGGUUUGUGUGUGUUUCUGUUUAAUUUGAGUUUAUGGUAAUUUAAAUUGUGACGUUUUUUAUUGAUGGUUUUGUGGACUUUGUGUCGACUUUGACUGUGUGUUUUAGCUAGGUUGAGUUUUUGUAGUAUCGUCCGGUCAUUACUCGUUCGUUUAUAAUGUGUAUAUUUUGGGAUUAAUUCAGUUAUUCUAUGAGUUAUUAUGACAGUAAAUGUAUUCAAGUUAAGAUAUGAACAUGAAUGUGAUAUUUCGUUUUCUUUUUCUGUUAUCGUCCUAGCUCUUACGGUGUCUUUCAAAAUAAAACAACUGAAAAGGCAUCAGUCAGAGAGCACUUCUUUAAUAAUGCCAGGGAUGCUACACUGUGCGAUCUGGAUGGACUUGAUUAUACAAGGCGUGACAAAUACCUCUGGAGUGUGUUGCUGGUGGGAUGUAAAAAGGCUUUGAUCAGAAAAUGGCUUAAGAAGGACAAACCAACAAUAAACGAGUGGAUCGAUAUAAUUUAUAAUAAAUAUGUGAUGGAGAGAAUUACAUUCAAGCUGAGGAACCAACCUGAUAUUUUCAAAGAGAACUGGUCAAAAUGGCUUACAUUUGUAUCAACUAUAAGACCUGAUUUCAUAUAGAUGGCAAAGAUAAUGCUGAACCCUUUAAUAGGAAAUGCUCUUUCCCUACUUCUAAACAAUAAUUCUGAUAUAUUUAUAUGUAUGAGAUGCCUGUGUUGACUCUGCUGUUUGACUUACUAUCCAAAUCCUCCCUCCGUCAUGUUAUGUACCGUCAUGCUAUAUUUGUGUCAUGUUAUGUUU